AUGGCUGCCAACAACACCCCAGCUGGAAUUAACAAAGAGCAGGCCUUUGGCAUGGCAGAAACAGAGAUGGAGUAUAGGGUAGAACUCUUUAACAGGCUUACACAAACUUGUUUCAACAAAUGUGUUGACAAAAGGUACAAGGAGUCUGAGCUAAACAUGGGUGAAAAUACUUGCAUUGAUCGCUGUGUUUCAAAAUAUUGGCAGGUGAAUGGUAUAAUUGGCCAAAUGCUCAAUGCCGGUGGUCAGCCUCCAAUGUAAAACGCUGCCAUCCUUCAUCGCAAGUUCUGUUUUUACAUGUAAAAGCAUGGCUAGUCCUGCUGUUGGGGAAUGGUGGAGACUGAAACCAAGUACAACAUAUGUCUUUAAUGUCUUUUGGAAUUACAUUUUCUUCGACACAAUGUUAGUUGCAAUACAAUAAAGAUUUUGGUGCUAAACCAGAA